CACCUGAUGAUUUUUGAACAGGAUUCUCCAAACACAGUGUUUGCAGCGUUUUAACUGGAGAUUUCAUUUCCAAACACCAACCUGAACCUACAAGCAUCUCUCGCUAUUUGCUGUGACUCGACGAACGCUUUGGAAAAAUAUCGACAGCUAAACAAGUGUAACAGCGACUCUUCAGUGUUUCCUGAGCCCAAAUGGACCCAACAUUUGUCUCAGAAAAUCUGGCAUCUUGGGCAGUGCAGACUAGCGCUGCUGAUAUGAAACAGCAGCAGGAAGCUAACAGGAUUGCUGAAAGUGAAACGGUGCAAGAAUUAAAAGAUGCACUCCAUUUUGCCACUCAGGAGUUGAAGACUGCAAAGGAGGAAAAUGCAUCGUUAAAGAAGAAGAUUGCCGUCCUUGAAGAUGCUCACAAAAUGGAAGUGAGUAGCCUCCAAGAAGAGCUCAAACUCAAGGAUGAGGCGCUUCAAAGGUGUGUGAAGAAAAGAAGAGCUCGAACCAAAGCCUGGGUAGAACUCCUCCAUGAAUCGACGAUAAAAGACAUGGAGAUAAACACCAGGGAACAACACUGGAGCAGCAAGUGGCAAUCAACCGAGAAGAGUCUGAAAGAGGAGAAAAAAAAGUGGAGGAGCUCCAAAUUAAGAACAAGCUUCUGUUUGAGAAAUUACAGGAAAAUCUGGACACAUGGAAGAACGUCCUUCAGGAGCUUGCACCCAAUGCUGACCACCAGGAAGAAACCCUGGAAACAAAUUCCCAUGAGGAAAAACUGGAAAGCCACGAGGGAGAAGAGGAGGGAAUGGACAAACCAAGAAAGGACGAGAAAAAGCAGGAAGAAAAGGAGGAAAAGCAGGAGACAGAAGAGGACAUCGAAGGAAACCUCGAGAGAAAAAGUGACGAGAAGAUGGAAGAUAAAACAGCAACUGAAGAUCUAAACCCAAACCUCUGCCUGGUUCCCAUCCCUCUCACUCCCUCCGACUCUUGCCCUUUACCCCCUGUCCCUACACCCCAACUCAACCCCCCUGCCUCCUCCCUACCUUACCCACUCUCUCGUGCCCUUUCCUACUCUUCACCCAGCUCUUAUUCUUUACGCCACACCCUUAGUCUCCACACCUUCCCCCAAUCCUCCUCCCAACCUUACUCGGUCUCUCGUGCUCCCUCCUACUAUUUACCCUUGUUUUCCAAACCUGUGCAGCCCCUAAACUCUAAUGAAAUUUUUGAUCUGCUUUUUUGUUCAUUUUAAAAUAAACAUGUGAAAUUUCAUUAAACUUA